GAUCACUUGUAUACAUCGCCAUGGCACAGCGGGGACGGCAAAAGACCAACCCAGAUCUGUCUGUGACAAACUCAACGGCGGUGUCGACCCUUCUCUUCGCGCCAGUGGACGACGACGACAACGAUACCAUGAGCUCGCUCUCCCUUCAUGACGAUUCCCGUUCACUGGCGCUGCAACCUGGCAGCACCACUGGCAAUACCCAUUCACCAUACAUGCACCCAACCCACCAUGCGACAGCUUCAACGUCCACGUUUAACGUCGGUGGACAAUCUACAACUGCUGGCUCUGCGGUGAAUACCUCAACGGCGGGCUCUACACCCACCAGUACACCAACACUGCCUGGUACACCUCGCAUCUCCGCAUCUCGGAAGCCUUCUUCUUUGCGCCACAGUUCCACCGCAGUUCCUGCUGAAUCCAUCACCUCCUCCAUUAAACGGCGUGCCUCCUCUCCAUCUGCUAAGGAAGGUAAAUACCCUCCAAAGAUCCCACCGCGCGUCCGCACUACCCCACGUCUGCCGCACUCCGACGAUCCCCCAGCACCUGCAACCGCGCUGUACUGGUCACGCGCUCCAGUACAUGGUAUGCUCCCCAUGCGUGCGUUCAGGGCUCAUACGGUCACGCUUGUAGACCAUGUUGCGUGGUUGUUCGGAGGAUGCGAUGAUAAAGGGUGUUGGAAGGAUGUGUACUGUUUUGAUACUGACACAAUGCACUGGUCACAUCCUGACACUCUCGGUGACGUACCACCACCCUGCCGUGCUCAUACUGCUACCCUCGUCGACCGUAAAAUUGUGGUCUUCGGUGGGGGGCAAGGCCCAGUAUACUAUGACAGCACGUAUAUUUUUGACACCACCACGCGUUCCUGGUUCUGUCCCUUAUUUCCUCACUCCCAAUCCCCGGCGCAGAAUUCUGAAUCACAAUCGCAGAACUCUGAGUCGCAAUCACAGAACACUGAAUCGCAAUCACAGAUUUCUGUGUCGCAAUCACAGACCCCUGCGUCACAAUCUCAGAAUUCUCCAGAGAUGCCUCUCCAUCCAGCACCGCGUCGCGCCCACACCGCUGUCCUCUAUAACGGCAAAAUUUACAUCUUUGGAGGAGGAAACGGCCUCACAGCCCUCAACGAUUUAUGGACGCUCGAUGUUUCUCGGCUAGAUCCCACCUCACAAUCUUCAUAUUCAUACGGGGGUGGUUCUUUUGGUGGCUCAAGCGCAAACGGUAGCCUUCGCUGGACCCUCGUCGAAACGCAGGGUGAGCCACCCGCACCAAGAGGAUAUCACACUGCCAAUUUGGUAGGGAAUGUAAUGAUUGUGGUCGGAGGGAGCGAUGGGAGAGAAUGUUUUUCGGAUGUAUGGUGUUUACAACUUGAUACUCUCCUUUGGACCCGUCUUAAUCUCCCUCUCUCUCAUCGGCGGCUUUCGCAUACCUCUACUCAAGUUGGAAGCUGCCUCUUCAUCGUGGGCGGGCACGACGGCGGGGCGUACAGGGAUGAUGUUGUUCUGUUUAACCUGGUGAAUUUGCAAUACGAACCACGAACAGUGAAAGGCAAACCCCCUUCGGCGCGCGGAUACCAUGCCACGAUCAUUGCAGAUAGCAGAUUGUUUGUCUUCGGAGGGUUCAACGGUCACGAUGUUUUUGACGACGUCCAUAUCCUCGACCUUGCAGGCGCUGCAUAUUUACCACAGGUGAUGAGCUUCCGAAUUGAUUUGUGAGCGUCACGCCUCAUCGAUUGGAUGACGUUUCCCUUCGGGCGUGUCUACCCGAGUCCUCACUAAAGUAAAGGGUCUCCUUUGGCAAGCAUGGUGCUGUUGAACUUCCAAAGUCAUUGGAGUUCUCUUUCUGAUCCAUACAGCAUUAUUCGGGACCCCUUUUUCACUUCCGUCGCUCCGCUUUCUCCCAACACUACUCACCUUUAUUGACUGACACCCUCGCACGUCUUUGCUACCUUGCAAUCUCCGACUCUCGAGUCACCAUUUACCAAUUCAUAGAGUACAUAUACCAUCAUUUGCAAUUUGAUUUUGAUUCUUGUCUUCUUCUGGUUCUAGCUAAU